GACCAUGUGGAACACUGGGGGGCCUACAGCAUGAGCCAGGGCAUGGCUGUGUCAGGGAUGCCUACAGCCUAUGACCUCAGUACAGUCAUGGGCAGCGGCUCGACGGUGUCCCACAACAACCUCAUCCCCCUCGUGAACACAGGGAUAGUGAAUCACACCCACUCCAGGAUGGGCUCCAUCAUGAGCACCGGAAUCGUCCAGGGAGCUUCUACUGGCCAAUCAGGUCCUAGCAGCAGCAGCAGCUCUAACCAGCAGCAGCAGCAUUAUCCCGUCACCAACCAGUUCACCAUGGGGGGACCCGCCAUCUCCAUGGCCUCUCCCAUAGCCAUCCUAGCAACACCAUGCAUUAUGGGAGUUAAGACCUCGUCACCCUUCACCUCCGAACCCCUGCAUGACCUCUACUAGCCCCUCCCCCUGACCGACCACAGCCAGAACCAGAAUACCAAAACCAGUGCUGUCGUGUUGUCCCUUCAGCACCUUCCUUUCUCCUUUACUGUCCAUCUCUCUAUCACUGGAGUUAUUCUCAUAUCCGUCCCUCCCCGCCGCUCUCUCCGCUUUGAGAGCUGUUCCCCAUCUCCCCCUCUCAUCAUCGUGCAGCAGCUAUGAUAUCACCAGUCCAGCCAGAGGGUGGCAGCACCUCUACGUUCAACUGACAGACUGAUCAGCACAAAGAAUUGGCAGUUUUUCUGAAUGGAGAGCUGAACUGAACUUUGUUUGACUGGACCUUUUUAUGCUUUACAGACACAUGUACACCUACACAUACACAUUGAACACAGAGACUUUUGCUGCAAAGAAUAACUCAAUGCACACCUGUACAGCAGGUAUCAUCUCCUUUAUCCGGGUUCCCUCCCUCCCUC